AUGAAGGUCUCGGUGGAAGGAGCGCAGCAGCUUGCGACCGUGGCAUUGCGGAAGCUGGGAUACAAUGCCGCAGACACAAAGAUAAUAGCCGACCACCUCAUCGACAGCGAGCUGCGCGGGUAUGGAAUAGCAGGACUCGCUCGGAUCCUCAGCAUCGGCGAGCGACUCGGCGGCAAAGUACCAUCUCAUGCCUCCGAAGUGACCAAGGACGAAGCGACAACGGCUCAAAUCGACGGCAGAGACACGCUGGGCUACUUGGUUGCGCACAAAGCGACGGAAGUAGCUAUCCAGAAGGCGAAGACCAUGGGCGUCGCGGCGAUCGGCGCGAACAACACAUACUACACCGGCAUGCUGUCGUACUACGCGGAGAUGGCGGCGGCGCAGGAUCUCGUCACCAUCAUCGCGUCCAAUACCAGCCCCUGGGUCGCGCCCGAGGGCACGCACAAAGCUCUCCUCGGGACGAACCCAUUCUGCGUCGGAAUCCCGACGAACGACGUGCCCAUAAUCUACGACAUCGGCACGUCGAGGAUCAUCCACGCUCAGGUGCUGCUUGCGCAACGGACUGGAAAGCCUCUCCCGCCAGAUACCGCUUUCGACGCAGACGGGAACUCGACCACCGACCCCGCGGCGGCGCUGGAAGGCGCACUGGCGAUCUGGGGCGGCGCCAAAGGCAGCGGCCUUGCGAUUGCAGUGCAGCUACUUGGAGUACUCGCCGGUUCGCCUGCGCUACCGCCGAAUCUCGAGGAUUUCGGGUAUUUUAUCAUAGCGGUUGAUCCCGCCAGGUUUCGCCCGAUUGAUGAGUUCAAGCGUGAGGUGGGCACGUUGGUAGAUGCGUUUCACGCAGCGCCGGCUUCGGGGGGCCUGGGCUCCCUGCGGCUGCCGUUUGAGCGGUCGAAUCGUGUGAGAGACCAGACCCGUGCCGAUGGCGGGUUUGAGGUUGACGAGGUGGUUCUAGAGAAAUUGAAGGCCCUUGUAGAUGACAGCUAG